GAAAAUGUCAAAUACUUCAAUAAGUAAAUAUAAAACACUUGAUUCUGAUUAAAUAAUGAAUAAUGAACAUUUUUCAAUGAGUUACAAUAAAAUAUAACUGAGAGAUUACUUUCUGAGUGAAAAUAGUGUUUAGUUUUUCAUUUAUAUGUGACAUUAUCACUCGUCAUGACUAAAAUGGAACCGAAAUCUGAAGUGGAAGAGUCCAAUCGGAUGUGGGCGAGCGCUUCUUUCGUCGGCGUACUCAUUGUAAUCGGCUUACCUCUAUGGUGGAAGACGACGGAGGUUUACAGGGUAGCGCUCCCGUAUGACAAAAUAAACACGUUCACCACUCUGUCACACGCGGUCACCACCGAGCUGACGGUAGUGGCCAACGACGAUGCUACUGCCGAUCAAAUUGUGGACAACAUAAAGAAAGAAUUUGAGGAAUCUGAUGUGAUAAAGUUAAACAUCAAGAAAUUCAUACUCCCGGACGGCCUGCGUCGCACCUUGGACUCGGUGGCGGAUGACCAGGAAGCCGUCGAGGAAGUAGCAGGCGCGUAUGACCUGAAGAAGCAUAAUACCUUCUACGUGGUGCAACGGUCACAGCUGUACCAGGACGUGUGGUUGUCAAGAGAGAGGCUGGCUUUCUUCAAAGAUGCUACAGCGUCAAGAACCCUAGUCGAGGUCUUAAGACAGUGGGUGUACCAGACCUCGGUACUAGAGGGCGGCCGCCUGGAGAAACCAGAUGUAGCCCGUCAGACCCGUUUCCCGCCCGGCGAGGAGUACCACGUCGUACUGUCCGUGGUGCAUCCGAAACCUGACGCUUUGGCUGUUGAGUUUCAUGCUGAGGACGCCGUGGAAGAUUACAUCGGCUCGUUCGUGGACGAACUGAGCGAACUUCACAACUUCACACUCAAAUCGCAGUGGCUUUAUUUAUUAGACUUCGACUUCCAGGCGAAAGAGGUCAAAGACACCAGUGAAUGGGGCCGCCACUUCGCAGUCCGCCAGGAGCGGCUGCAGCUGAUGCUGACGAGGCUCGAGGAGCGGGCGGCGCCGCAGGUGUCCUCGCGGCCCACCGUCAACCUAGCGCUGUAUCUGCUGCCCUGCCACCAGGCGCCGCUUCUCAUAUAUGAUAACAACGAUAAGCCAAUAAAAUCACCAGUACAAGCCUUCAUGUCCCCUAAGUGGGGGGGAGUGGUGAUGUACAGUCCUAGCGCUGCAGACUGCCGCGCCGCUGAACCUACCUCCAGCCCCGACGUCCGACUCAUCAUGGGCACCUUCCUGGCGCAGCUGAGGACGCUGCUGGGCAUUGCUGAUACCCCGAGCAUAGAGGGCGCGGCGGCGGCGGCGCUGCGGUCGGUGCGCGCGCGGCGCUGGGAGCUGGACGCGCUGCUGCGCCUGCGCACGCUCGAGCAGCUCGCCGCCGCGCACGCCGCGCUCGCCUCGCUCGCGCAGCUGCUCGGUGAAAUAUCAAACAUAGUGAUCAAUGACGAAGUGGGCGCGUCCAUCAACUCCGCCGUGAAGUCGAUCGAGGCUGCGGAGGAGCUGCUGUCCAAGGAUCUGCUGGCCGCGUACAGACUCUCGCUUCGCGCCCACAUCGACGCGGAGACGGCCUUCAUGGAGCCCAGUCUGUUGGCACUGUUAUACUUCCCGGACGACCAGAAGUAUGCCAUUUACAUCCCCUUGUUCCUGCCAAUCAUGUUCCCGGUGAUACUCUCGCUGAAGAACCUGCUGUUGUGGUUCAGAGGAAAGGCCGUUCACAAAGAGAAGACUGAGUGAUGUCAGCAUUAUGUGUUUUAAAUAAAAUUAUCUGUGUUUCUAUAAACAGUUUUAUUUUAAAACAAUUAAAGUGGAAUAGAUAGAUAGAUAGAUACUCCUUAU